UAUUUAUCUCCCUUUGGGGAAAACCCAAGGGGGAUUCACCUGUCAUUUUGCAAGUCUCUUAAAGUGUGGAACAAGAAUUAUUCUUCCAUAAAGGGUUAGAAGAUUUGUUGUAUUAGAUCCAUCGAUAAUAGCCUGCCUUAACGUGGUCUUCGUCCACUGAACCUGUAGAAGAAUAUCAUUUUAUGAAAACAGCUGCCCAGAUCUGAUACUUAAAUUAUCCUAACCUUCAGAGAAGCAGCUUGCAACUGACUGUCAUAUACAACAUUAUGUCAUGGGAAGGCAAUGACAUUGGGCCAGAUGAGGACAGACCUGGCCAUGCCAGCACACCAGAAGAAACUGUGAACAGCACAUUGGAAUCACUUUCUUUGUCUAAUUGUAAUGAUUUGGAAGAGGACUGUUUUCCUGCUACCAUGAUUAGUAAUACUCCUGUUCUUGCUGAACCUCUUGACUUUUCUUCAUAUCCAACUCCAAGGGAUUUGCUGCGUUUCGCUUCACAGCAAAGACGGCCACCUCCCAAUUACUAUUACCUCUCUGAGGCAAACAGGUUAGAAUCAUUCAGAGACUGGCCAGAGAGAGCACAUGUUUGUAAAGACGACCUUGCUAGGAAUGGAUUCAUCUUUACGGGUACCAGUGACAAGGUACGCUGCAGCUUCUGUAAUGGCACCAUGUUGCACUGGCAGCCAGGAGAUAUUGUUGAAGUGGAACACAGACAAGCCUUUCCUCGUUGCCCAUUUGUGCUGGGAGAGGAUGUAGGAAACAUUCCCCUCGAACAGACAGCCAAUGGACUUGAAGUACACACUGGGUAUGGGGUAGUAAAUAGGCAUCUCCAUGGCAAUGAUCAUGGAAGAAGUGUGGUUCCAAGUGGAGUCCAGUGUGGGGAAGCAACGAAUUUCCAGAGACAGCCAGCAGGCAAUAGUGAGAAGCAUCAUUUCUCAGGGAUUAGCAAUGGCCCGUAUCCUGUGAGGAAUGGGCUACAUAGCACGCAUGAGAACAGAAUGUACAUGUCCAAGCCUUCUAGACCCCAGAUGGCAGCUGAACCUGAUCGUCUGGCAACUUUUGAAACUUGGCCUGCUCAGAUGAGACAAAGGCCUGAGACACUGGCUGCUGCAGGGCUCUACUACUCAGGUGAUGGGGACAAAGUGAGGUGUUUCUACUGUGAUGGUCUCCUGUACAACUGGGAGCCAGAGGAUGAUCCCUGGACAGAACAUGCAAAGUGGUUUCCCUCAUGCCAGUAUGUGAGGCUUGUGAAGGGGGACAGUUUUGUAGAGGCUGCUCAGAACAGAAGUGAUAGUCAAGAUCUGAUGCAGACUCCUUCCGUAUUGGCUGUGCUUAGUGAAGGUUUUACACCGGAGAUAGUCAGGAGAGCCAUUGAUGUUCUUAAGAACAAUGAAGGAGCCAAUGCUGUGGUGACAGGUGAAAAAUUGCUUCGUCAAGUCAUGGAGCUGGAAAGUGAAAACAAAGUUCAUAUGAAAGUGAAUGGCCAUGUUUCUGCAGAUGUGCAACAACUCAUGGAAGAAAAUGAAAGCUUGAAAGACAAGCAGCUGUGCAAAAUCUGUAUGGAGAGAGAUGUAGAAGUGAUUUUCUACCCAUGCAGGCAUCUUGUGUGCUGUGCAACCUGCGGGGCAGCCGUUACUACAUGCCCAGUGUGCCGACACCAAAUUGAAAGUGUUGACAAAGUGUUCCUGGCAUAGAAGAGGAUUCAUUUAAAGAAAGGAGAGAAGGAAUACCCGGUUACAGCACACAUUCAGCCAAAUCCUUGCUGUGUGGACAGAGAUCCAGCUCCAAGAGGAGUCAUCAGGUGGAGUGAUAGUGCUAGGUGUUAAGACACUUACCUGCACAGCUUUGAAUCAGGCUGCCUGUCAUGACUGAUUUUCAGCAUCAUUUUAAUCUUACUCACCAGAACAUUUGAGCUGUUUGCUUGAGCAGUGUGUGCUUGCUAUAACUUGCAGUUACAUUAGAAUCUCAGAUUCUGAAUAAGGGCACAUUAUUAUUUCUUGGAGUGUUAUUUGAAGUCAGUGUGCAACCCUUGAUGUGCUAAUGUAACUCAUUGCAGGCAAACACACAAUGAGAGUGUGACAACAGUGAUCAAAUUUUAUAUUGAUUUAUCACAAGUAGCUUAAAUUGCUCCUUUGAGAUAACCAACAUUUUUGUUUGUGGAUUCGGGAGAAAAUGUGAGGAGUGAGUAUGUGGGAAUGCAGUAGAAGAUCUGCCUAAAAUUCAUCAGAUUCUGCAGUUGAAUGUUUAAUUAAAAGAGGUAUUUAUAGAUCAAACUUAUGUUUGACAUAUCAGCCAUUGACAUAAAUAUGCAUGCAAAAUCAUGAAAAUUUUUAUUGAGUUGUGAUGCAAUCAUUUUGUAGAAUCCUACAAAUAUCAUAUCAAUGAUCACACAUGGCUGCUAAGAAAGUUAAAAAUAAUAGAUGUUUACCUUGAUGUAGAAAUAGCUGCUGGUCUGGCAUGAAACAAUUCCCCACCACCCUCCUCAUUCCCAACACACACCUACUUUCUUUCAUCUGGUUCUGUGUCCAUUUUCCAGUCCUAAUAAAGGACACUAUACACUUGUAUAUAUAUGUGUGUGUAUAUAUAAACACACAGAAAUAUGCCUCUGGACAGUUAUUAUGUUUUAAGUUUUACUUUUGCAUAUGGGCAUAUACUGUGAUGAUGAUAAAUCAAUAAAUUCUGAUUCUUCUUCUCUUGGGGUUGUUGAUGGUGCAAUGGCUAAAGCGCCUGUCACUACGACAGUUAUAACUGGGUGUUGUGGGUUUGUAUCUUGGCUCUGACAUACCUCUUUCUUGAUGUGACAUUUGUUUACAGGGCUGAUUGUCAAUGGAUCUGAGUACUUAGGUUUCCUCCAUCCACUGCAUGAAAAUGUUUUGUGUUUUUAUGGCUUAUUACAAACAAGAUGUUGAUGAGAACAUGUGCCACUUUCUGUUCAAAAGAGCAAAUUUUCAACAGUUAAAAAAAAGAUGUUAACAUUGAUAUAGAGAUUUUAGAACUUUUGUGCUUUUUUUAAAAUCCUAAAAUCACUGUUGUAUAAUCCCAGUCCAGUGAAACCUUGGUUAUCUUGGAUUUUGGUUUUCAUCAAUUUUUUUCUGUGAAAAAUUGUCUUAGUUUUUGUUGGUUGCCUCAGAUUUCAUUGGCAUCCCCACAUGACCUCACUGCAAAUUUUUGCAAAAACAAAGGAUGACCCAUAUGUUCUCUUGCUCAGUGUGAGGGAGAGGACUGGCGUGUCGCACAUCUUCUAACAGAGACCAUGAUGGAUCUGCAUUGAACUACAAUGGUUAUAAUAAAAACCAGAGAUGAUUGUGGUCUUGUUAACAAGGAGUCUUCAGGGAUUACAAGGGAUGCUAAAAGGGUGGACAGAUUCGUCAGGUACUGUUAUCGCAUAUGGUCGCACACCUAGUUGUGCCUGAAAGGUCUUAUGCAUUCUCUCAAACACAAAACAGACUCCACGUGGCAAUGGCAAUAAGUCUAGCCUAGGACUUUAGAGGAGGUGGGGGGGAAUUGGUGUUUUACGCCGUGCCAGCAACUGAGGCUAUAUUACAGCAAGGCAGCCAGCCCUGUAAACAGAUGCCACGUGCAGAGAAAGAACAGCGUGCCUGAGACGAGAAAUGAACUGGGGGCAGCCAACCUUCACUGUAUUGGUGACAGGCGCUAACCGUUGUGCCACCGGACCGCUAGGACUUUAGGGGGUGAGGGGUCACUGUAGAGGGUGGGAAAGGGGGAGAUGGUUUCUAGAAUGUUUGGCAGGGUCAGAUAGUGUGGGUUUGGAGUUUAAUAUUGAUUCAUAUGGAAAUAAUCACCAGUUUCGGAUUUUUCUGAUUGUUUUCAGACGGAUUAUCAUUUAUUAUUAAAGUGGUAAUGAUGCGUUCUUUCUCAAUCUGUGAUAUAAGCAUGAUGUAUAAUGACAUUUAUGUUAGAUUUACUUGAUGUGUGUUGUAUGCUUUUCAAAUAUGAAGUAUAUAAAAAGUAACUCCUUAGGCAGAGACAUGUAAAUGUCUUUGAUUAAGUUUUCUGUACUGCAAAGUUUUUAAUGUGGAAUCAUAAUACACCAUCUUGCAAUGUGAAAAUAAGACUUUGAGGGAAAAGGAGCCAGUGGAAAUCUCCUCAUGAAAAAAGAGGGCAGUCUGGUGGUACAACAGUUAGUGCCCAUCACCAACCAGUGAGGGUUGGCUGUCCUGGCUUUAGUUCUCAUCUCGGGCACGCUGUUCUCUGUAUGUGGCAUCUGUUUACAGGGCUUACUGCCUUGCUGUGAAAUAGCCCUCUUUGUUGGCUCUGCGUAAAAAACCGAUUCUACCCCUUCCCCAACCAUGAAAGAGAAAGGAAGAGACACAUGUAAAAUGUUACCUUGAUAUGUUUUUAUUUUUUUUUAUAACAUUAAUAAUAACUUUGACCUCCGCUGUUUCUGGCAUUGGUCUCUGGUAUCUCCAAGCUCCCUCCCAUCCAUACGCCUGCACGACUUCUUAGCUCAUUUUCAGACACCAAGCUUCUGAGAGUUCCACUUGCUAAGAUAAAGACAUAUGGACGGAGGUCUUUCUCCUAUCUAGCGCCAGGAACAGGUUACCCGUUGGCCUUUUUUCACUCUGAUAAUUUUACCACCUUUGAGUCUAAAUUUAAGACAUCUUUUUAGAGUGGUUACUUCAAUGUGACCCAGUCCUAACCAUGAGUGUGCAUAACCUGUCUGUAUUUUACUUUGUAUGAGCAGGUGUCUGUUGUAAAAGUGAGCGUCUGUUACAUGCAAAUGUGGGUGCGUGUUUGUUGUGAUUGUAUAUUAUGUAAAGCACUCUGGAAUAUAAUUGGAAAAGUGCUAUACAAAUUCUCGUUACUAUUUUUAUGUGUGUAAAAGAUCUUUUGCACAUGUAUGCAUCUAUGUGGAUGUGCAUGUAUAGGGGAGAAUUUUCUAUUGACAACAUGAAGAUGGCUGUGGUGAAGUUUUUUGCAUUUCAAGGCAGUUGACUUCAUGAGCCUUUUUGUACAUCUGUAGUCUUUUUUGUCUUAUUUAAUUAUAAAGCAUAAAAAACGUGUAACAUUUGCCUGUAUGGUAACUUGUCUGUCCCAACUGAUCUGUCUCUGGAUACUACUUUAUGUACUAUUUUAUGCUAUAGUAAAAUAUAUUUCCACCUCUGGAUGGAAGAAUCAUAUAAUCUGUAGUAUAUAACCUUGGUUAUUAUGAAUAUGUGUAGGGACUUGUACAUCUGUUUAAUUGUGAGCAAUGUGACAUAGGGAAAGGAAAAUAAUUUUCUAUUGACAGCCAGAAAGCGUAUAUGGUGAAGUCUUGCAUUUCAAGGCAGUUGACUUCAUGUGCCUUUUUUUUCUAUAUCUAUAGCUUUUUUUAGAAUCUUCUUUUUAAGUAUAUGAAAAUUUAUUUUAACAUUUGCUAGUAUAGGCACGUCCUUAUUGCUGGAGUCUUAGAAUGAAAAUUUGUCUGUUUUGUUGUUAGGUUUCACAUUAUGUAAAACAAACAGAAAGAAAAAGAGAGACGAUGUUAUAUGUUUUAUACAAUUUAUCAGAGCAAAAUAAAUUUCCACCUCUGAA